GUUUCUUUCUGACUGUCGUUCAUUUGCUGUUAAAGGUUCGAUAUUAAGCUCUACAGACUUGAGUUCAGACAGUUCAGCUCCCCUGUAAUGACACCAAAUGCUGGUUUUGAAACACUUAGAGCAGCGAAAUGGGACUUGCUGUACUUUUAGUUCUUCUCUUGUGAAACAGAUUAACAGGCUCCCACAGUGAAUAAAUUCACCGUUCAGUCACAGGGUUGAUUGUGAAAGAAGAAAUGUUACGUAUCAUAACAAACAGAGAGCCUCUUGUCUAAAAAUGUCGCUUUGCGUCUCACCAGCAUCUUAAUAAGCUUGGACUGAAUCACACUAAUCUAUAAAGACCUUCUCUGCCUGAAAUACUCACAUCUGAAGGGAAUACUUGAGCUCGUUUAGAUUAGUUCUCCUGAGUUUCUAAUAAUUUAUUUUUGUUCAACAUAAGCUUUAAAAAUGCCUUCCACCCUGAGGGCAGCGUUCCACAUCUCAGCGUUCAGCUGGUACACUUUCAUUGUGAAUUACCUGGCAGCAAAGGAUGGAGAGGAGCUACCUGCAGGGAUCUUCGUCUAUGGGGGACCAUGGAAGUACCUCACCUUUCUGAACCUGUUAUUGCAAAUGACGUUCUUCGGCCUGGCAGCAGUGAACGAUCUCCAACCAGGGGAGAAGGCAGAGAGCCUGCUGAACAGAUGGAAAGACCUCCUGUUCUCCGUCUUUGCCUUCCCUGUUGGGACGUUCGUGGUUGUGCUCUUCUGGACAAUCUUUGCCUAUGACAGAGAGUUAGUCUAUCCGGCAAACAUCGAUGCCUUCUUCCCUCCCUGGAUAAACCACGCCAUGCACACGUUGGUCCUUCCUGUUUUGCUCGGAGAAGUGCUGGUGCAGCCUCACACAUACCCGCAGAUGAGGCACGCGCUGGCAGCGCUGUCAGUCGUGGGCGUGGCUUAUUUAUCCUGGAUCGUGUGGGUUUAUCUGACGGUGGGAGUUUGGGUGUAUCCCCUCCUCGGACACUUCAGCGCCGCUGGCCUGCUGGGCUUCUUCUUCUUCAACAUGGUGGUGGUGACCCUGCUCUACCUGCUCGGCGACCGGCUCAACAGUCAAAUCUGGAGUGAGACAUGUUACUUUUAUUCAUGGCGUUUAGCCUCUUUGUGUCAGGUUCUCCUUUAUAUCGCUCCUCUUUUGUUUUUUUCAUUCCAGGAAAGAACAAGGCGGAGUGAUUAAGCAUUUCUGCAUUUCUGAGACAGCUCUACCCCUUUUAACUACAAUUAUUGUUUCCAGCUCAAAACAAAAAUUCAUAAAUAUUGCAUGACAGGCAUCCAAGCAGCAGAAUAAAUCAGCCUCCACACGC